ACUGAUCCCUGUCACAACAGAGGUUUCAUUUGUGCUGGAAAUGUCUGUGGGCAAGCAGGUGACAUGGCUGCACGAGCUGGAAGGCAGGCUGGAGGCUGCUGAAUCUCCACACUGCAGCUCUGCCAGUGGUGGUGAGGGUUUCACCCACGGACGAUGGAGCCGAGGAGCACUGGGCACCAAGCAAAGCCACCAGUGUCCCCAGGCCAGCAGGAUGAGCCCCUGACCCCAUGCUCUUCCUCAUCAGCUGAAGAUGAGGAAGCUGUCUAUGGCUUCCUCUGUCCAAGGAGCAGCAAGUGCAAUGCUGAGGAUGAGCCUGGUUAUGAGCUGAUCCCUGACAAAUCCUCGCUCUUCCUUUGGGGAUCUUUUCCCAGGAAAGGCAGGAGGCAGCAACCAAGACUUGUCAGCCCCCUGCAGGGACCUGCAGGGCACAGCAGGGAUGCUACAGGCCACAAUAAAUUUUUCGGCAGCAGUGAAGUGGUGGCCUUUGGUGAACAUUCCCAGACAAAGCCUGGGCACAUGCUCAGGCACAAUGAAACAGAGCAGGUGGGGCUGCUCAGGGCAGACCUGGGGAGAGCCCACAUCGCCCUGGAUUGCAAGGAAGAUGAGGUUAAUGCCUUCCCUGUGUCUCCUGGGGAAGUGAAGACAUGUCCUGGACAUCUGAAAUUCACGUUGUUAGAAGAUAAAAAAGAUGCAGAAAUUGAAGCCAAGAAAGCGUGUGACUGGCUGCGGGCAGCGGGGUUCCCCCAGUAUGCCCAGCUCUACGAAGAGUCGUCAUUCCCUCUUGACAUCAGUGCUGUGAAGAAGGACCACAGCUUCCUGGACCAGGAUUCCCUCAAAUCCCUGUGCAGGAGGCUGAUGACCCUGAACACCUGUGCCUCCAUGAAGCUGGAUGUUCACUUUCAGCGUAAACAGAAUGAAGACUCUGAGGAGGAAGUCGACUUUGCCAUCAGCAGCCGGUGGUCCUACCAGAGGGACAGCAAAAGGUGGUCACGGGUGGGGUCCGCCGAUGUCGUGUCCCAGGGCUCGGAGGCCCUGAGCUGCACCAUGCACCCGGUGUCCAGCCGGGAGAGCGUCCUCACAGACCUCAGCACCAACCCCGAGGCCACGUCCCUGCACAGCACGGGCAGUGUGGGCAGCGUGGGUGGCACGGGUGGCACGCUGGGCACUGCAGCUGUGCCAUCCCAGCCCCUGUCCCCCCUCCGUGCCGCUGCCACCGCCUCCAGCUGCAGCCAGAGCGAGGGCUCUGCCCCGGAGCAGCCCCCGGGCCAGGGAGAGGCCUCUAAGGAGAAGCUGAAGAAGCGACGGUCUCGAAGCUUUCUGAAGAGGAUCGAGUCCCUUCGGAGGAAGGACAAGGAGAAGCCCAGCCCAGACAGGAGGGUGGCUCCGCACAGCAGCGCCACUCUCCCGCCAGGAUGGGGCUCUCUGAAGGAUGAUGGGGACCUUGCAGCCACCAGGACCAACGCCUCUAAAAGAGGGACACCUGCCCCUUUCCACAGCAAAAAACACUUCUUCUCGGUAUCAUACAGGACUAACCGCCUGCUCGGCCCCGGGGGCACCAAGGGCAGCUCUGACCCCAAACGCGGUGGAGUUUAUUUGGAGGAUUACGACACAGACACAGCCCCUGCCGCCGGCGGUGCUUGGGCUGCUGCCGAGUGCCCGCGCCGGGCUCGCCAUGGCGAUUGCCUGGUCUAUAUCCCCUGUGACCACAAGCCCGGCACCUUCCCCAAAUCCCUGUCCAUCGAGAGCUUGUGUCCCCUGGCCGGCAGCUCCCUGCCGCACUGGGGCGCCGGGAGCGCGGCCGUGGGGCUGGGCGGGGGCGGCAGCAGCAGCAGCGUGGAGGGCUCGUCCUCCCCGAGGGGCUUCGCCCGCCGGCGCCGCGGCUCCUGCAGCUCCCUGGGCAGCCGCGUCAGCGUCUACGACAACGUGCCGGACUUCGGCAGCAGCGAGGAUUUCUGCAAGGACGGGGAGGUCAGCUUCAAGAACCUCGACGACAUCCUGCAUGAUGUCGGGGUGCUGCAGAAGAAGGUGGAGCUCUGGUGUAAAGCCGUCUCCCCUGGCCUCGAUGGAGAGGAAGGGGGCGACGAAGAGGAGGAUGAGGAGGAGUCGGACUCGGGAGGGGAACCCUCCAACCUGCAUUUUGAAGAACAGUCCAUGUCGGAUGUCGGCACCUCUGCCAGUGACUUUGAUAGCACUGGGAACUCCCUCAACGAGGCUGAAGAGAUCGAGACACGGGAGCGCCGGGAUUCGGGGGUAGGAGCAUCCCUCACGAGACCCUGCAGAAAGCUGCGUUGGCACAGCUUCCAGAACUCACACCGGCCCAGCCUGAACUCGGCCUCGCUGGAGAUCAACCGCCAGUCAUCGGCCCAGCUCAACCUGCUCCAGAAGUGCUCCCUGCUCCGGCUCACGGCCAUCAUGGAGAAGUACUCUGUGCCCCACAAGCAGGCCUGGACGUGGACUGUCCCCAAGUUCAUGAAGCGGAGUAAAGUCCCUGACUACAGGGACAAGAUGGUUUUUGGUGUGCCACCCAUCGUCAACGUGCAGCGGACGGGGCAGCCCCUGCCCCAGAGCAUCCAGCAGGCCAUGCGCUACUUGCGCAGCCAGUGCCUGGACCAGGUUGGCAUUUUCCGCAAGUCCGGGGUGAAGUCCCGGAUCCAGGCGCUCCGGCACAUGAACGAGACCAGCCCUGACCACGUGGACUACUCGGGGCAGUCAGCGUACGACGUGGCCGACCUGCUGAAGCAAUACUUCCGCGACCUGCCCGAGCCCAUCUUCACCAGCAAGCUGACCGACACCUUCCUGCAGAUCUACCAGUUCGUGUCCAAGGAGCAGCGGCUGCAGGCAGUGCAGGCCGCCAUCAUCCUCAUGCCGGACGAAAACAGGGAGGUGCUGCAGACCCUGCUCUACUUCCUGAGCGACAUCGCCUCGGCUGAGGAGAACCAGAUGACAGCUGGGAACCUGGCUGUGUGCCUGGCCCCCUCCAUCUUCCACCUCAAUGUGUCCAAGAAGGAAAGCACAUCGCCCAGGGCCAUACACAAGAGGGGCACCAUGGGGAAGCCGGACCAGAAGGAUCUCAAUGAGAACAUGGCUGCCACGCAGGGGCUCUCCCACAUGAUCAGCGACUGCAAGAAGCUCUUCCAGGUCUCCCAUGACAUCUUGCUGCAGCUGAGCAGCUCCUAUAUGGCUGCAGAUGCUUAUCCCCACCCCCUGGCUGACUUGGUGUGCCAGGGGGAGAGCAAGGAUUUACACUCCUACUUUGAGCAGAGUGUCCAGAACCUGCUCAAAGAGUCGUCAGAGAAAUUCAAAGGAUGGCUGAGCACGCCGGGGCCCCUGAACACGGAGCUGUCUUGCAAAAAGGUUGGGGACGGGAACCCUCUGCGCCUGUGGAAGGUCUCCACGGAUGUCGAGGCCCCUCCUGCCACGGUGCUGCACCGGCUGCUGCGGGAGCGUCACCUGUGGGACGAGGACCUGCUGCAGAGCAGGGUGGUGGAGGCUCUGGACAAGGACAUGGAGGUGUACCACUACGUGACAGACAGCAUGGCCCCGCACCCGCGCAGGGACUGCAUGGUGCUCCGGCGCUGGCGCACGGACCUGCCGCGGGGAGCCUGCCUGCUCAGCUCCCUCUCCGUGGAGCACGACAAGGUGCCCGUGGAGGGAGGUGUCAAGGCCAUCGUGCUGACGUCCCAGUACCUCAUCGAGCCCGGCGCCAUGGGCCGCUCCCGGGUCACCCACAUCUGCAGGGCUGACCUCAGGGGUCGAUCUCCUGAGUGGUAUAACAGGGUCUUUGGCCACCUCUGUGCCAUGGAGCUGGUGAGGAUCCGAGACUCUUUCCCAGCCCUGAGUCCCGUCGGCCCCGAGACAAAGAUUUGAGGCACCAGGAAGAAGCUCUGUCCUUUCAGACGUGGACUUGCCAUUGGAUCCGGACUGGGGCUCUCAGCGGGAAGCACGGUGUGGUGCAGUGCCUGUGAAGGGAGACAGAGGCACAUAUUUAUCAACAUCCUUUCACCCCGGGCUGGGCAGUCCCGUGCCACAGCCGAGGGGCUGCGGGGCAGGGUGGCCACAGAGGAAAAGCCGUGGCGUCCCACAGGAGAAGUGGGGGAGCAGAGGGAAGGAGUGGCCAUGGGGUGACCCCUGAAUGCAGCCUGUGGCAGGAGCUGGGGCCCCCACACAAGCCAGGACCAACAGCAGGGCUGAAGGAGCGCAGAGUGAGGUGGGAGGAGCGA